ACUCCAAGUGUCCAAACAUAAAUCUCACUGUGAUGGUGCUGGUAUGAAUUCUGGAGCAGGCAGGAGAAUGUAAAACCCUGUGCUGCUUUCACUUCUCUCCAAUGAAGCGCACGGAUCUGCACGGUGAUGCUGAGUGGAUCCUGCUGGAGAUCGAGUCCUGAAAGUCGGAUGUGUCCAGCACAAUGGAGGGUGAUUCUGCGUAAUGGAUCAGUUUCAGGAUCUCAUGAAGCUCCAUGACUGGCUUGGUUUUAGGAAUUUUACCAGCGAUUGUAUCACGUGAAUCAUUUUUUUUAUUAUUAUAUUUUAUUUUUUUGCAAAAAAAAGUCUGCUUAACUAAACGCAGACCUCGCAUUCAUUGAUUUUGAGCUAGAUCUCCUAGACCAGAUUCCCCCGGGCCUGCCAGGGUUUCAACCCAGACCUAGCCGGCACAGGAGUGCUGCAUUCCGGCAACGUUUUAACGCAACACCGUGGAUUUGCCCACGGCCUGCAAAAAUCUGGACACUCCGCCCGGAGAGAUCUGUUGUUUUUUUUAUUUUUAAAUCUUGUUACACGUUUUAUUUUUCCACCGAUUGCGUCUAUAAUCAAACGCAAAUUAGCGUAAAAGCUUAUUUCUUGCCAUAUUUGUUUACUUAUUUUUUAUUAACAGCCCUGGUUGGAGCUCGCUAACACUACAUGCAAAUUGCUGGUUUGUUGUGCAGCAAAAUAUAAACACAUCUACGUUGUUUUGUUACUUAGUGCAAAAAAAACAAACAAACAUUUUUUCUUAUUCUUAUGCACUUUAGAAACUAAUGGGUUUAAUCGAUCUGGUUUUUGUUCAGUCACUCAGUCACCUUGGUUUGUUUACAGCAUUGUCACUGGUUGGCUGAAGCUUCAGGGCAAAGCAGAGUUCAGUGACAUUUAAUAAGGAUUAAUUAUUUUUUUAUAUCUAUAUUUUCCUUCUUAAAAAAUCUUUACCUACUGAUUUAAAGAUGCACUAAUGCUUAACUUUACUUUAAAACUACUAAAAUAUUUAUUAAUAGUAAUUCCCCGCAGUGAUGGUCAUGUUCUCUGAAUGAAAAACAUCUCAAAGGCUCAAACUACUUUACUAAAUUUACCCUAAAAAAGAUAAAAAUGCACAAUUCGAAGCAUUAAACCGAGCGGCCUGUAGUUAAGUCUCCAGGCCUGGACCUUACCAGAUCCCUCAUCUCUUCUGAAUGAGAAGAUGCGUACCAGGACCAUCGCCGUGGCCUGAAAAUCCAAAUACAGUAAGAACUACUGAUAGUUUUUCCUGGUGGAUGAAUCGAGAUCGAGGAAGAAGCUGAGACGGACUCUUUUGUCUAAGGAGAUGACCACACGCUGAACACAAUUUCACUACAGAGACUAGUGGUUGGGCUUCGGGAGCUGCGUAGACAUGAGUGUUCGGCCUCCAACCUCGACUCUGGACAGUCCGUUCGCUGCUUGGUUGAGCAGCCUGACGCUGGGGGACUCGAAGUCUUCUCUUGGCCAGCAGAGAGACUCUUUGGCUUCGGAGUACUCCUCUGACGGUGCAGCUGCAGGCCUGGUGCAUAGAUGCGUGGUCGUACAGAAGGACAAUCUGGGCUUCGGCUUCACCGUGUGUGGAGAACGAAUAAAACUGGUGCAGAAUGUCCGUCCAGGUGGAGCAGCGGUAAAGGCCGGAGUGCAGGAAGGAGACCGGAUCAUUAAGGUCAACGGCUCCUUCGUGUCUUCCAUGUCUCAUCAGGAAGUCGUGAAGAUGAUCAAAUCUGGAACGUACGUGGCGCUGACGCUCCAGGGCCCACCGCCUUCAGUAGCCGCUGUCCCUCUUCAGCCCCUUCUAUCAGACCUCCCAACCAAUCACAGGACGCAGACAGGGGAUGAAACCACGCCUCCACCUCCACCUCCACCUCUGCCAGCUUCAGUAAUAGGCACACCGUCGCAGAGAAUCACAGGCCCCAAACCACUACAGGACCCAGAAGUCCAGAAACACGCCACGCAGAUCCUGCGAAAGAUGCUGGAGCAGGAAGAGGCAGAACUACAGGACCUGCUGGAGGAACAGUCACGCAACCCGUCGUCUUCUCUGGAAGAGAGAAUAGAAAGCGCGAAGCGGCGCGCUCAUCAAGUGCGAGUGAAAAUGCAGAAAGACCUGGACGGAACGCGCUCGGAAACAGCAAGCACCUACGUGACCGCCGGAGAAGGUCGAUUGUCCAUGGAUGCGGGUGAUGGGGACUAUGAAACAUGCGAGAGUCCUUUCUCCUCUCCGUCCUCCUCAUUCAGGAUUCCCCAACACCGCAGACACGGCUCUGGCACACUUGACUCAGCGGGGAAAACACAAAUAAUCGGUCCUGAGGAAGAAGACGACGACUAUGACGGCUACAUGACAAAUGACAUGGACGGCCCGUUUCAAGACUUCGAGCUGCUGAAGGCACGACCGGCUCACAUGACCGUUUUUAUGAGAUACAUAUUCAGUCAGCUGCAGGACCCAAACCCACUGCUGUUCUAUCUCUCUGUUGAGGCCUACCUUGGGUCGAGCCCUAAAGACGCCCGUGCCAUCGCGCCCCAGAUCUGUUCUCACUUCCUGGACCCCGAUGCUGCUCUGAAGAUUAAAGUCAGAGACGAGUAUAUGAACGAUAUAGAGAGUCGCCUUCAUGCUCAGGAGGACAUCAGAGGACCGCUCUCCGAGCUCCAGCAGCUGGUGCUUCCAGAGAUCCAAAACCAGUUACAGGAUUACAGGAAUAAGCAGCUCAUGGGGCUGGGCUCCUUGUUCGGGGAGAGCGAUCUUCAGCAGCUGGACGGGGACUCUGUGAAAGAGAGACAGGUGGUGGACAGACAGGUCACGGCGCUGUGGGAACUACUCUCCAAGCACGAAGAGGAGAGAAGCACCCCGUUAGCUUCAGUGAUCACUCUGUACCUGCGACACGCCGGGAUCAAACUGCGGGAUUCCAAGGUUUUCCCAGGACUCAGCACGGAGAAGGAAAAGUGGCUCGCGUUCUUCCCCAAGACCAAGAGGCAAUUGAGCAGCACAAAGCGAGAGAAAGAUGGAGAAGACAGAAAGAGGAACCCGAUCUUGAAGUACAUCGGCAAACCCAGAAGCACAUCACAAUCAACGUUCCAUGUCCCGUUAUCCCCUACAGAAGUGCGUGCAGGUAACGUGCGGAACAUCAUACAGCAGUUCGAGAACCAUACAGACGGUGAGGAGGGGGAGAACGGAGACCAGAGACUGUCCACUGGCAGCCUCGGGGACGAGAGUAUGGACAGUCCUACCGUGUCUGUGCGUUUGGCUCGCAGCGAGUCCUUGAAGGCCCAGGGUGAGGGGCGUCGUCGUGGAGGUGGAUCGGGGGCGGAGUCGGUUCCCCGUUCUCGAAGCGACGUUGACAUGGAAGACUGCGACGAAAGGGAAGGACCAGGACUUCGCCUGUUACAUCACAGCGCUUCUUCCUCGGCGUCCAGCAGCUCAGCGAGGUCACUCGAGAAUCCCACACCGCCUUACACUCCUCGGUCCAGGCGCAGGAGUGUGGACACGCCGGUGGUGUUAUUACCGGAUGCGCCUCCUCUGGAAGAGGAUGUCGUCGACUCGCAAAACUGGCAGGAGACUGUUGAUCCGCAUACCCUCCUCUCCCUCAGCUCGCGGGAGAUCGACCGUCAGGCCGUCAUAUACGAGUUAUUCACGACGGAGGCAUCUCAUCUGCGGAUACUCAGGGUUCUGGAUCAGGUGUUCUUCCAGAAAAUGAGAAACCUUCUGACGACCGAGGAGCUCGCCUGCAUCUUCCCAAACCUGCCUGAGGUCUACGAGCUGCAUGCGAGUCUCUGUGAAUCCAUGAAGAAGCUGAGGGAAUCUCCUAUAGUCCAAGGCAUCGGGGACCUCAUGCUCGCUAGAUUUGAAGAUGCCGCAGGAGAGGAAUUUCUGGAGCAGGUGUCCCAACUGUGCAGUCAGCAGAGUCAGGCGCUGGAGCUCAUCAAGAACAAACAGCGCAAAGACCCUCGCUUCGCUCACCUUAUCCUGGAGUGCGAGGCGAGUCCUCACUGCCGCCGGCUCCAGCUCAAGGACCUGCUGGUGUCCGAGACGCAGAGACUCACCAAGUACCCCCUCUUGCUAGAUAACAUCAUCAAACACACAGAAGCCGGUUCUCCAGACCUGCAGCCGCUGCUGAGGGCGCAGGCGUGUUGCCGUGGGAUCCUGCAGGCCGUCAACGAGGUCGUCCGGGAGACGGAGCACCGGCAGCUGCUCAGCCAGUACCAGCGCAGGCUUGAUUUGUCUCCUCUGGAGAGACAGACCAACCCUGCUGCAGCACCAUUCAAGAAUCUGGACUUGACCACGAAGAGGAUGAUUCAUGAAGGUCCUCUUACAUGGAAAGUCAGUAAAGACAAAGCUAUAGAGGUGCAAGCGCUUCUCCUCUCAGACCUGCUGGUGCUCCUCCAGAGAGGUCCAGAUGACCGCUUGAUCCUCCGAUGUCCGUCGCGCUCGCUGGGCGGAGUCGACACGGACCAUAAAACGCCAUUUUGCCCCGUAGUCCGGCUCAACUCGUCCCUCGUCAGGUCGAACGCCACAGAUAACAAAGCCCUUUACGUAGUGAGCACGUCUGAGACUCAGAUGUACGAGCUGGUAGCCGGAACGUCCUCAGAGAGAAACACCUGGAAGGACCUGUUGGAAAAGACAAUCGCAUCGGCUUCUGAAGGUGCUUCGCUCACUAAACAAGGAUCACCCGCUCAAUCCUGUGUUCGACGGUUACACGACAGUCAUGUCAAUCAAGACGGUUUGCUUGCGGAAGAGACGAGUUCGGUGGAGAAAGAGUCACAGAGCGAUGAUGAAAGUGCUCUCGCUUCCAACACCCCAACCAACCAGUCAGAAGCCUUCCUCCAUCAAGAAGCCCACAAUAACCUGGAACCUCGGCCCGAACUUUCAGACGCUGCUCUUCAGGACGUCGAGACCCUCAGACAAUUAAUCUUCAGAGACCUUGAAGAUGGGUGGAGCCAAGAUUCCGAUGACACGCCUACAAACGAAACCGCCAACGAAAGAAGCCCGUUCACAGAUCGCCCCGGAUCAGAGGGGUCUGUGGGUAGCAUUAUUGAAAGCCCCAAUCCAACGAUUCUUCAAGAUCAGGUCGAUGCUCCGCCCCUGGAGUUGGAGCAAUCGACUGUUCAGGUCAAGAGGAAAGCUGUGGGUGUGGUCUCUUCUUCUAUUCCUGAUGACAUCCCUGAUGUCACCUCCAUCCAAUCUUCUGAAUCAAAAGGGAACGUGUUCUACCUGGUGAUGCCCAAAGACCAGAUGGGAGCUCUGACGGAAGAGAGCAGCACAGACGACCCGAAUUAUCCGAGUCCUUCAGAAGCACAUGAAGCCGUAUCACUAUUCCCACAGCAAAACCAUGAACUGCAGGAAACCCCACACCGGUCACAUCCAGAGGCGCCGAGUAACAACACGGGGCUCAGCCAAUCACGGGCCGUCACGCAGCGACAUGUGAUAAAGAACACGGACGAGAUUUUCCAGACGAUGGACGAGUUGAUGAAGAAACUGCACCGGCUCAGGGAGAUCGAAGCCGACCAUUACAGACUCGUCAAGAAAGAACAGAAGAAAUCUCUCGUCAGGAUGAAUUCAGGGGACGUCUUAGACUCCUCCGCUUCUGUCAUCAGGAUGCCGUCUAUGGACAGAGAGUCAGGAGAUGGGAAAGAAGGAGAUGCCGCAGAAGCCGCUCAGCCUGUGUUGCAGUCCACAGGAUUCUGACAUCUUUCUCUCACACACACACACACACACAUUUACACGCAUAUAAUGUGCUGAAGGAUUUUUUUUUUUAAUAAACUCGCACAAAAAAAAAAAAAAGGGACUGGCACAUUUCGGUCAUCUUUUACAUCGUAUGUAGCUCCUUCCUCCAAUCCCAGCAUGCUUUGCUCCUGGGAGAAUCCGGGAAUAUGGUGUAUGUUGUUCAUGCCCUGUGUUUAAGGAAGUGAAAGAAAGCGAGGACAGACGAAGCUUCAGCGCACAAAGGCUGGAAAGCAGGAAGACGAAAGAAGGAAAUGAAAAAGUAAAAGGUUUUUGCGAAACGGCGCACGAGAGAAGAAGGCGAGGCGUAAAGUCGACGAGCGGAACGGACGGACGGUCACGCUCGAACGGGAUUGGCUGAGGAAAUGACUCCGCCCUCUGAAGGAAGCCCCCCCCAGCACUUUACCUGCUGUAUGUAUUAUAUAAUCUGUCUUUACGUUCAGGCGAUCGUUCACCUCAUCGGUCAGAAAACGAAAGGGAACUCCCUAAACGGGGUUCGUAUCCCAUAAUGCACCUGUGUCCGCUAUGACUGUGUGCUCCACCACUACUCGGCUUAUACAAUGUGUGUGUGGAAACACAAACUUCAGGUUGUUUUGCACUGUGGUCCCAAGUCCUAAGGAUGUCGCUUUACCGUCGUCGUGUACCGUGUUGUAGCGUCUGGGUUUUUUUUUCUUGCAAAAACGAACACCGUGCGAGAGGAAGCAAUGGAAGGCGGGUCUCGGGGUGUGGUUUUUGUUCGUUCGCGUUCUAUCUGCAUCUCUACGCACAACGUUUAACGCAGGACUUUAUCGCUACGCCGUUCCUUGUCACUGGGGGCAACUUUUAGUGUGUUUAAGUGUGCAAAAUAUCACUACAUUAAAGGUAUAACAGAGGUCCUUAGGGUCCAGCUGUGCACCUUAAAUCUGAUCGAAAGUACACUAUGCUGGCAAUAUCGCCUCCUACAGGUAUGGCAGUGGAAGUUAUUGCACCAGUGACAACGAAAAGGUUCGGUUUAGUGGAUUUUCUUCUUCCUUUUUUCCCCUCCUCUCCCUCUGGCGCACCACCACCACUGCUGCACACUACUGUAUUGAUGUUCAUGCAGAUUGUUACUGUUGAGAGGGACUAAUUUAUGUUAAAAAAUAAAUUUAAAAAACGUAGCCUAACAUGUUACCUGUGACGACUUUACGUCUGCGUGGUGUACAUACUGUGAAGUCUGUCCCUCAAGCUCAGCAAAGAACACAUGAAGGGAUGCGAUCCAGCCUGAGAUCUGAGAUCAUACCGGGUGCGAUCUUCCGCGACCCGAGAUCAUCCUUAACCCCAGAGUUUACAACCUGAUUUUUUGACCGGUGAUGGAUGUCGGUGGGUAAAGUUCAGAAAUCUGUACUGUAGAAGCAAAUGUCUAAUUUGUGGAGCUGGACAGGAUCUGUCGUCUCUUGUAGGACUAAUUCUCAACCAACACUGAGCUAUGAGAGACGAGAAAUAGACCGAGUUGGCCCCACCCCCAUCUUGGAGUUUGGUUUGAAUCUAUUUAAGUGGGAGGGGUUUAAUCAGGUAUGACUCCACACCUAGAGUUUUAUUUCAACUCUUUCUGGAUGGGAGGAGUUGAAUAAGCUCCACUUCUACCCCUGAAGUGUUGUGGGAGGAGCUGGAUCCAAAUUUAGAGGAUUGGGAGUGGACAGAUCUGAUCAGAUCUGACUCCACCCCCUGGAUUUUAGUUCAGUUUCACCUUCUCAAAAGGAGAUGGAUCCAAUUUGAAUUUGAGUGAUGUUUUUAAUCCACCCAUGUAUCAGGAGUUGGAUUAGGUCUGACUCCAACCUCUUGGUAGGUGAGGAGAGCUGUAUCCGAUCUACCAUUUAGAUUCAUCAUCUAGAUUGUAAUGUUUGGGGGGCAAUCACCUGCUGAAGUUCCUUCACACUUAGGUGGGUAUAUUUGGAUCAGAUCAGACUUCAUCCCCAGGCCCUUUGGUUCAUUUCCACCCUAGGAGGUUAAUUUGGUUGGAGUUUCCGAUCCAUCCAGUUAGCAAGAGCUAGAUUAGAUCCAACUCUACUUCUUGGACUUUUGCUUCUGCAGGAAGUGGUGCUUAAGUAUUUGUUUCAUGGUCAACCAUCUAAUCGUACUCUUGCUCACAGGACAUCACUACAAUCUUGUGCUUAAUGCCACUAAGAAACAGUAUUUAAUGCUAAGCACAACAUCUACCUGAGAAACUUAAACAUGUAACUGAACACUGAUGUCCUGAUGAGGGUUCUGUAAUCGGUUGAUCAGUAACCUGAGUUCUGCCCUUGUUGCUCAAAGAUGUCCAUCACUGAGAAAGAUCUGAUUUGCUUAAACACUUGGUUAAACCUCUGUAGUGUUUAGCCUUUAAAACGUAACACACAAAAUUGAAAAGGAAGGUGGAGAAAGGUGUAUUUUUCCACUGCUGAGGUUUAUUGUGUGUCUAACUACUGUGUAACUCAGGUGGAGAAAUCUUGACCCUAUUUCUCUUCUUAGCUUUAACUUAUGCACCAUUUUUUUCAUCUCCCUUUUUUUUUAUACUUUACAUUUCAAUCCUUCCCUCCCCCCAUCCCUCUCUCUCUCUCUUUCCAUCUCCACUUGUUCACGCUUUUUUUGUGUACAAAAUUGAAUGCACGAUGUGGGGAAAAGCAACCUGCAAGAGCCAGAGCUUGUGGAAACUACUGUGUGCAUAUAAUUCUUUAUUCUUUUAUUAUUGUUAUUAUUAUUAUUAUUAUUCUCAAUCCUGUUUUUUUUUCCAUGUAAUAUAGACAACACACUUGUUUUAUAAGUUUUGUUUUAUGUAAAGCUCUAGUUAUGACUUGGUUUUAUUUUAUUUUAUUUUUUUGUAGAUAUGGGACAAAUUAAAUUAUUUUAUCUCCCUGUUUAAAAAAAAAAAAAGGAAAAAAAAGGCAAGAUUGUUAGCUGCACAGAAGGAAACUGUAUAAAUGAUUGCGACUCAUUUGUUUUGUGAUGUAAAAAAGUUUCAAAUAAAUAAUUAAUGUGUUGCAGUUAUCAAA